UCAUGGAAUCGCAGCGGAGCGCCUGCUUCGCCUUUGGCUGCUGCUUCUGCCCGAGGUGUUACAUGAGCGCCGCACUGGAAGUACAUGCGCAGAUCGCUGCUCAGCGUUUGGCCGGAGCGCCGUAGCAUGAGGUGAAAGGAAGAGGAUGAAGACCGCGGGGAUGACAAGAGGCGCAGACGAAAAUGAGACAGCCGCGGCAGGAGGAGGGAGGCAGGGCACGGUAUCAUCAGCUGCGUACGCUUACCACCUCAAACAAAGAAUGAUCGCGCGUUAACGCCCAGAGCUCGGCGUUUUAUAUUAGUGCCGCUCCAGUGGAACCUGGGGCUUUAAAGCUUGUCAGAGAUUCUGUCGUGAUAAAACUGAUAACAUGCCUAGCGGACUCAGCCAGCAAGCCAAUGGAAUAAGUCUCUCCGACACUGUGGGAUCCUUCAGAAGGAGGAAGAGAAACUCUAUUAUAGUGACUGUAUCACUACUUAUAGUGUCUUUGCUCAUCCUCACCACUGGCCUGGCGGCCACCACCAGGACACAGAACGUGACCGUGGGAGGUUACUACCCCGGAGUCAUCCUUGGCUUUGGCUCUUUUCUUGGAAUCAUCGGAGCCCAUUUGAUAGAGAACAAGAGGCAGAUGCUGGUGGCCUCGAUCGUCUUCAUCAGCUUCGGUGUAGUGGCGGCGUUUUGCUGCGCCAUCGUGGACGGAGUGUUCGCUGCAAGGCACAUCGACCUGAGACCUCUUUAUGCGGGCCGGUGCGAGUAUUAUUCCAACGCAGCACCUCUCGAUCAUGAUGUCAACUGCCAAACAGGUGGGCGUGGUUCCUGCAACCUGCGUGUGAAGAGCAACACCUGCUACUGCUGUGAGCUGUACAACUGCGGCAAAGAACAUCCUCUUUUGGGACCUCAAAAUAAAGACGUUUUGAAAAAAUUUAAGAAAACAUCUAUGAUUUGGAAUCGCGUGGAGCUAAUGGGUGGCUACCACGAGUACACCGACGUGCAAAGCUGUCAGGACGUCGUUCACCUCUACCACCUGCUUUGGUCGGCGACCACCCUCAACAUCGUGGCUCUCUUCCUGGGCAUCAUCACUGCAGCCGUCCUUGGUGGAUUCAAGGAUAUGGCACCGACUCCGGCGCCAGACAGCUGUGAAACGGAGCCCCUACCAGCGCCUGCUCCUUGUGACCCCCAGCCCGUGACCUCAUCCUACAGCUCCUACCACAACAGCACCCCCUGCCUGCCGCCCUACACGGCCUAUGACCUGCAGGCACCCAGCGUCUUCCUGGACUCCUCGGGCCUCUCAGAUGACUCCCUGUCCGGGGCAAGCGCGAUGUGGCCCACGCAGAUCCCUCCCCGAUACUCCCCCCCCUACUACCCCCCAGAUGACAAGCCCCCACCAUACAGCCCCUGAGGCCCCAGCCAGUGGAGAACACCCAGAAGGGAGAGGUGGCCGUAAUCCCCCCCCCCCUUUUUUUUUGGCUUAGCGGAAGGGAGAGGCCCGUUCUUCUUGGGCUGGAGUCUCGCCCCACCCGAGUAUCGGGUCGCCGCCACGAUGCCUCUCGGUCGCCGGCCACACCCACGUCACUGACGACGACGGACCACCAUGUGCGCGCCGCUUCAGCUCUUCAUACCGGUUUGGCAGCACGGGUGCCCACAGCUUUGUUGGAGCAGAAAGCAAAAACGAACUUGGAAACUCAAACCUCCAAGCAGGAAGGCAUUCCUGUCCUGAAGGACACAGGAAGAGCAAAGGAGCGCUACCCAGCCUGGCGUUUCUAGCAUCGAUUUGCCACCGCAGGGCUGUGAUGUUCCUAAAAUCAUCCCACACACUGCCCUGUCUGGCGAGCCACGCUACAUCUUCCUGUCAAGCUCUGGGGGACAUCAGGACCGUUUAUAGAAACACUUUAAUGACCUGGCCAGCUUCUAGAAUCACCGUCCCUGGAUCUGACCAGAUCAGAGCUCCACCUUCCACAGAGGACGUCAGUGAUCUUUCAGCUCUGCCGCUUCCUGUGUGUCUUGUUCAAAUUAGAUUGCUUCCAGUCUAAUGAGGCAGCCCUUCUCGACGCGGCUGCUUUGCGCCAAUUACGCCUACUUGCGUCACGCUCGCAUUUACCGACAUUCAAGUACAAUAUGCAGACCGCACCAGCUGACCCGUUGUACUUUUGUUUUUGUCUGGGCAGCUAGAUUGGGGUCAUUGUAUUCAGACUGUUCAGUCUCCACCAUAAUGUGUAACAUGGAAGUUUACAUGUGCCCCAUUACGUAUUAAUGAAGCAUCAUCUCUGCCAAACUCAAACGUUACAACCCACCACGCCCACCUAAACAUCUCUGUAAGAAUAGCUUUAAAUCAGCUGCAAGCGUUUUAUAAUGUAUGGUACACAGUCAAGAUCUGCAUCACCCUACCUUUUCAUUGUGACAUCGGUUUCGUUGUGUUUAUUGCACUGAAAAUGUAGCAUAAAAAUGAUAAUUCUCUGUCUUUUUUUUAUAAUUUAAGAAUAAGGGAGAUUUUAAGACUCAGGAUCUUGUUUUCGAGCUGAUAUUUAUUUUCAGGUUUUUCACAAUGCAGGAAAUUACUUAAGGAUUAUUAUUAUGAGGUGUCGACUCUUUAAUGUCGUGCUAUUUUUGUGUGAUUAGCGAACUUAAUUUGAGGGGGAAAAAAAAUGUAACCUUUUUUUAUCGCAAGAAUCUAAAGUACCAAAAUCCCUAUAUUUGGAACUCUGAGCAAUGUUUUUACCAGGCUCAUGAAUAUUUAUAUUACUGAUAACGUAUCCUGACCAAUCAAACUCAAUGGACGAUUCAUUUGUACCAUAGACGGCCUCUUGACUUGGAUGGACUAGUUAAGGCUGAGCUAACAUAAAGAUGAUGUGCAACCAAGGCCCUACCUACUGUUUUUAAAGUUUCUAGCAAAAGCAUUAUUCUGCAAACCAUAACCAAAAUGCAGUAGAGAGCCUGUGGCCAGUGAGGAGUGAGCGGGUGAGAGGUUUUGUGUGCAUGUACAGUACAGGCCAAAGGUUUGGACACACCUUCUCAUUCAAUGUGGUGUCUUUAUUUUCAUGACCAUUGGUAGAUUCUCACUGAAGGCAUCAAACCUAUG